UCUCUCCAUUACAUUUCCCUGCCCUCAGCUUCAGUUUCUUUUUUUUCCUUUACCCCAAAAGAAAGAAAAAGAAACAAAGAAUCCUCUCUCCGCAGGGCAUGUUCUCAGUUUCUUCAAAGAGCCUUCUUCGUCCCUGAGGAUCAAGAGAUGCUGCUGCUGAGGUUUCUAUUUUUCUUUUCCCUCUUUAUACACGCAACCAUUGCGCAAAAGCCUCCUCUCCUCAAGAAAUGGCUCACUCUUACAGGACAAGAGCCGAUCGUUGUUGCCAGAGGUGGCUUUUCGGGGAUAUUCCCGGAAUCAAGCGCCUCCGCGAAUGACAUGGCUAUUAGCACCAGCUCGCCGGGGAUCACUCUGCUCUGCAAUCUUCAGAUGACAAAGGACGGCGUCGGCAUUUGUUUGUCGGAUGUUCGUCUAGACAACUCAACCACCAUCUCCACACUCUUCCCAAAAGGCCAGAAGACGUACAAGGUCAACGGCCAAGACAUCAAGGGCUGGUUUGCCCUUGACUACACUUCUGACACCAUUUUCUCCAAUGUCUCAUUGGUUCAGAACAUUUUCUCUCGCCCAAGCAUUUUCGAUGGUCAAAUGCCGAUUUCUGCUGUAGAGGACGUUUUAGGGACCAAGCCUCCCAAGUUCUGGUUGAGCGUUCAGUAUAACUCCUUCUACAUGGAACACAAGCUGAGCGCUGCAGAAUACCUGAAAAGCUUGCGAUUACGCGGCAUAGGUUUCGUGUCGUCUCCUGAGAUUGGAUUCUUGAAGAGCAUCGGAAUGGAUGCAGCCAAGUCCAAAACGAAGCUGAUAUUUGAGUUGAGAGAGCCCGACAUGAUCGAGGCAACCACCAACACGACGUAUAACGAGCUUCUCACAAACCUCGCAACCAUCAAGCAGUUUGCAUCGGGUAUUCUUAUCCCAAAAGGCUACAUUUGGGCCCUCGAUCCCAACAAGUACCUCAAGCCUUCGACGAAUCUUGUCGCGGAUGCCCACAAAGCUGGUCUAGAAGUCUACGCUUCUGGGUUUGCCAACGACAUCCCCACGAGCUACAAUUACAGCUACGACCCCUCUAUUGAGUAUCUACAAUUUGUGGACAAUGGCCAGUUCUGUGUUGAUGGAGUCAUCUCUGAUUUUCCACCAACAGCCUCACAAGCCAUAUCCUGCUUUGCUCAUCAGAAGGGCCAUCUUCCAAAGGCAGGACAUGCAAUGAUCAUAACUCACAACGGAGCAAGCGGGGAUUACCCAGGGUGCACUGAUAUGGCAUACCAGAAAGCAGUAGAGGACGGAGCAGAUAUCAUCGAUUGUUCAGUUCAGAUGUCGAAAGACGGAAUGGCUUUCUGUCAGGACUCUGCAGACCUCAUGCCCAGCACCACCGCCAUCACCACAUUCAUGUCUCGUGCUUCCACGGUCCCUGAAAUCCAGGCCACCAACGGCAUUUUCUCCUUUGACCUCACCUGGGCCGAGAUCAUCUCCUUGAAGCCUCAAAUCGAAAGCCCUUUCUUGACUUCCACGGGCUUCCAGAGAAACCCUGCCAAUAAGAACGUUGGAAAUUUUAUGACUCUCACUGACUUUCUUGAGUUUGCCAAAGCUAAGGCAGUCACCGGAGUUCUCAUCAACAUUCAGAACGCUGCUUAUUUGGCAUCAAAGAAAGGCAUAGGAGUGGUAGAUGUGGUAAAGUCAGCUCUGAUCAAUGCUACACUUGACAAGCAAUCAACGCAAAAGGUGUUGAUUCAGUCAGACGACAGUUCAGUGUUGACCAGCUUCCAGGGCAUGCCAUCAUACAGUAGAGUGUUGAGCAUCGAUAAGGAGAUCGGAGAUGCGCCUAAACCAUCUGUGGAAGAGAUCAAGAAAUAUGCUGAUGCAGUCAAUCUCAAAAGAACUUCGCUUGUUUCAAUCUCUCACAGCUUCACCACGGCAAAGACUAAUGUGGUGGAGGAAAUGCACAAAGGGAACAUCUCAGUCUAUGUCUCAGUGCUGAGGAACGAGUAUAUCUCCAUAGCGUUUGACUACUUCUCUGACCCGACAGUGGAGCUUGCCACUUUCAUAGCAGGAAACGGGGUUGACGGAGUCGUCACUGAGUUCCCAGCCACUGCUAGUAGAUACUUGAGGACGCCAUGCGCAGAUUUGAACAAAGACCAACCAUACGCCAUAUUACCAGCAGAGCCAGGGGCUCUACUUUCUGUGGCAGCCAAGGAAGCGCAGCCACCAGUGGGAGCCCUGAACCCGCCUCUGGAGGCCAAAGACGUGGUGGAUCCUCCACUGCCUCCCGUUGCCAACGACUCUUCCUCCAAUGCAACUGGAGUUCCUCCUUCCCUCGCCUUUUCCACCUCCGCUGAUCUCUCCAUCUCCCUCCUCGCCAUAUCGCUGCUCUCUUUGCUCUUUGCUGUUGUCUGAUGAUUGAUGACCUCCCUUGUUUUAUAUGAUAUACUACGCACGUAUACUUAUAUAUCCCCAUUGUGAAAGUGUGUGUUGGUAGGAAUCUUUGGUUCAAGACCUUGCAAUGCUCCCUUUCUGAUUAAAAUGUAUGAAUUCGCGGAUC